AGCGAAAGAUGAGAACGGUCGGCGCGGCGCCAGGACAAGCCCCGAUCGAGAAGCCCCGGCGGCGGUCUGCCCAAGCCCCGUGGGAACAACGACAAACCCAAUCAUGCCCCUCCCGACUUUUCGCGCCGCGGGCCGCAGGAUACCCGUACCGACCAGCGAAGACAGCCCUGCUUCUCCUCGUUUUUCACGACCGGAAUUACUACCGGACGACCGACGCGAAGAUUUACCCCAACGACCCCCACGGCCUGCUGCUGUCCGCCAAGCAGAUUCAGCCCGACGCAGAAAGGGAUGGGAACUACUACCAGCUCUUUCGCGAGAAACAGGAGCGGUUCAUAUCCUAUGUAAAAACAGCCCCACCCCAUAGUUGUCAUGCUCCAAUCCGCGUGAUAUGCUAGAUCUGUGAUGCUGCUGAACUAGCUAAACAGGACUACGCUACGAGGGCCAAACUUGUCAUGCGCAACAGCCAAAGCUUGUUGAUUUGCGUAGCAGAUUUUCCAUCUUGACUAUGGGUAGGGGACGUUUUUCCUCAUAAUAAUUCAGCUGCGCAACGGCCGACGCGGUGCGGAAAACCCCGGAAUCCGUGUCUUAUUGGAAUUGCGGGUUUUCCCUUCCGACCCUCCAAUCCUCCAACCAGUAUUUCGAACAGGGGGAGUUUUUGGAAAAGUUGGCCGACGACCUGGAACAGUUCGACGCUCUUGCGGUGCAACAAGAGGAAGAUGAUACCACAUCUCCUGCUUCAUCAUCAUUCGAGGAGUCACACGACAACCACAUGACAACCACGAGCAAGUGCACGAGAACUGACAGUGCGAAGAGGGAGUUGCAGAGAACCGAAGCCACCCUAGAUUUUUCAGGUGCGGAAAGAGAAAACGAGUUCGAGUUUUGUUCGGGACGAACAGACGAAGGUUCGGAAGAAGAUUCUAUUGUUGAGCAGGAAACAAAGAAGCACCUCGUCACGAUCAUGAACUUCGGAAGCGGGUAUAAGCUGUACAACGACGAUCCACUUUCCGGGAUUUUGCGCACGCGGAAAAACGCCCUGGUUGCGCUCUACGUGGAAGCGCACCAAGAGAGCCUGGCGCGGUUGAAAAAGGAACGGGACGCACACGUUUUGGCGGCGGAGGAGGAGGAGGCUGUACUGUUGCGCGCCCAGGACCUCCAGGAGAAAAGGUCUUCUUCUUCGUCUGGUCGUGACGACAUUUUCUUCUCCGGCGAUUUUGCGACGCCAGAAACGCUGCCCAAACUUUUGUAUCAGUUCGACAAACAGUUGCUGCGGCGAUUGCGCCGGGCGGAAGAGGAGGAGGAGAAAGGGGAUCAAGAGGUAGCAGGGUGGACCACCAGCCUCCGACACCUGGAGCGCAUGCAGCAAAACCCCGACUUCGUCAAGAUCGACAUCGACAGCAUCGUAUCAAAUGCAAAGAAGUCUGGGUCUGGAAAGUUGGGAUUUGUGAUGCUAACUUUGGAUUCUAAAAAAAUCUGUAUUGCAUGACCACCAGGAGGAGGCCAGUUUGUGCUACGCGGGGAGGGCAUUUGUCAUGCGGGAUAGGCGUCAGGAAGCCUUCUAAAAAUCUGCGAAGAUGCUAGCUCAUGCAUUACAGGCAUCAUGGGUCAUGCAAAAAAUGCAUGACAAGCCUGGCGCUUUCCAGACCCAGACAUUUUUGCAAUGCACACAUCGAUUGCAUGGUUUUGAGAGCAUUACUCUCGCGGUCGGGCGACAGUGCGGCCAACGAAGAGGACACGUCCGCAGUCUCGCUGAACAUCCGUCCGUCCGUGCUCGCAUUGGAAAUCAAUCCGGACUUCCCGCCCCCGCUGCGAAUGGUUCGGAGAAGUCUGGCGCAGGAUAAAGAUAGUGGUGACAAGACCACGCGAGAAGUUGUGCAAGAGACAGCUGCAGGAGAGGACGCAGAUACUAGCACCCACGACGCGAGCGUGGGAGCAGCAGAUACAAAAAGCUCGGCGAUGAAAAACGAAGAAGCACCCCCCGAUGCGGCGGAAGCGACGCCGGAAGCAGUAGUGCCGGCCACGGAGGAUGAUUCGGAAGUAGAUUCCGACCAAGUCCUGGGCUACAAGGCCGACGAUUUUAUGGGGUGCUCUCUGUCAGGAGUGCUGCACAUUCUGAAAACCUACGGCGGAGACGAGUACGUGCUGAUCAGCUAUACAGGCUACGACGCGGUGUUCCUGCGAAAGAAAAUCGCAUUGCAAAUCGCGCACCGCAUUGUCGAGAAAAUGAUAAAAAUCGAAGAGAAGCAUUUGAACACCACGGAGCGUCGGGAAGAGUUUGAAAAAGCCCUGAAUUACGACAUGCACAACUGGAACGCGAACCCGGAACCAGGAAAGGACACGCCGCUGUUUGUUGACUCGGUGAAGCUGCACUCGCCCGUGUUGCGCGAAUUUUUGCGGCCGAUCGUGCGCGUAUGGAAGUGUCAGAAUCGAAAUUGACAAAAUCGAAAAACUUGCGAUGCACAAAAUCGAUGCCAGUGGGACGCUCAGUUUCCAAGUGGCGCAUGACAAAUUGCAGGAGCACCCAAAUCCAGGCUGUCAUGCUGUUUGGGCAAAGAAGACUGGUCCUCUCAUGCCACUCUGGCAGCACAUUGUAUACCCCUAAACAGGCUUACAAGCGGUCUGAUUUACCUGCUCCCCAAUACAGGCCUUCAGUGCCUUACAUUUUAUGCAUCACAAAUUUUUUGACUUUGUCGAUUUCGAUCCUGACAGUUCCAUAGCGCGACCUGUGGUUCGCAGCGAAGAUGAGAAGUCGGGGUGGAGGUGGUGCUGCGAAUACAGAGGAGUUUGUCAUGCAGGAUGGGAACAACAACAAUGAGGGGCCACUCGACACCUCCCAGUGGAACAACGCGUGGAACCUGUGCGAAUUUGAGUGCUACCGUAUCAAAAGGAAAAACUCCCCCCACCCCAUACUCAAACUAGAAAUUUGUGAUGCUGAUUUGUGGUCACAAAUCAUCUUUGUCUUGCCUAUAGGGCAAUAGGAGCUGCCAUGUGGCGCAUUCCAAAGCCAAUCUGUCACGCGCUUUUGGCUACUGCAAACCCGUUUUCCAUGCGUAAUUGCUAGCCUUCUGCAUAGUACCCAAACAGGCUCAGAAAUUGCCGCCAAGCACUUUCUGCAAGACAAACCUGAUUUGUGUACUCAAAUCCAGCAUCAGAGACUUCGUUUUGAUAUGGGGUGGGGGGAUAUUUCCUCACAAUAUACCGCCGGGCCGCCACGCAGUCACCGCGCAUCGACUGGAUUCGGGACGCGUUGUUCGGGAUUAUGCAUUGCAAAUAUCCCUGGAUGUCUGGAAAGAUUGGAACUUGUGAUGCUAAUUUUGGAGGACACCAAAAUCUGUGUUGUAUGAGCUCGAAUAGUUGCCAGCAUCGUGCGACGCAGAAAGCUAAUUUCUCGUGUGGGAUAGCAGGCAUUGGAAAGCAUGCGCAAAACCUGUGAUGCCUUUGGCAGCAUUCCAGACCAUUUUGCGGUCUACAAAAUGCAUGACAAACCCCGAGUUCUUCCAGCGCCAGACGUAUUUGCAGUGGAUAGGGAUGGAUGCAAGACAAAAUUUUUUCGCGGCAAGGAACAUCGUGGCCGAGAAUGUGGAAAACCCGAAUGCCGUGGAGGUGAGUUGCUGCUGACAAAAAAAAGCUUGGUGGAGAUGAUAAUGGCACUUUUGCAUGACAAAUCAUGUAACAGUUGA